CACCCUCACCAUUUCUCCGCGGUCAUCUCGCCCAUCAUCAUCAAUAUCAUCGUUGUGACGAAUUGAAGCGCGACCACCGGCGAAUCGAUUUCUUCGGAUGACUGACCCAAACAGCACUUAAAUUACUUUUUUUUUCGGACGCUGAUGAGAUUGAGCCGCCCAUGCUUGGUGCCGGAGGUGUUAACUGGUCCACGGUGGUCUCUUCGAUCGGUACCAUCUCCGAAUAGUCUUCCGCGUGUAUUCAAUCCGGCUAGAGGUGAUCGUGAUUUGUUGGCGUUGAGCUGUGAGUCUUUCUCCGGAGAUCUUUCACUUGCGCGUGGGCUUCUGGAAGAAUCGUGAUCGCAAUCGUUUCGAGCCGGGAUGCUAAUUACUAGGGUGAUUCCGUUGAUUUGGCUGAUUGUGGUCGUUGCCGGGGGUGAUGGGCCGGAUUUUAGCUUCGGGGAUGUGGACUUUUCUGUGGAGUACUUCAAAGCCGCUUACAAUGCAUCGAGCAAUUGUGUAGUUUCGCCGUUUUCGGUGAGGCUGAUUCUGGCGGCUUUCUAUCAAGUGGCUAGCGCUGACGUGGAGGAAACUCUGCAGCGAGCUUUCUACCUGCCUCUGGAGAAAUCAGUUGCUAGUGAUAAUGUGGCUGAGUUUUUGCAAGGUGUUGCCGGAAGUUCACAACUGCAGAUUGCGUUCAAAGCAUUGAAGAAUCAAGAUCAGUUGUCCGAAGUUUUCGCAACUACGUUACAAAAGGUGUUCAAAACAACACCCGAUAAUGUUAAAUUUGAAGACAGAACCUCGGUGGCAAACAGUAUCAAUCGAUGGGCAAGCGAGUCAACAAAUGGAAAAAUCCAUAAAUUCAUUAGCGAAGACGAUUUGGAUACGAAUUCUGAGCUGAUGUUGUUGAACGCCGUUGCCUUGAAAGCAUCAUGGGCAGAGAAGUUUUCCGCCCCAAAAACCGAUCCUCAGUUGUUCGCUUUCGUAAAUGGACCUCGUCAAGUCGACAUGAUGCACGAGACACUCGAAGUUCUGUACAAGAUCGACAACACUUAUCAUACGAUCCAAAUCCCCUAUAGCGAAGACAGCGAUCUUGCAAUGUGGAUCCUGGUACCUCGAGGAUCUGGGACCUUUGAAGGCCUCCUGAACGCACUAUCCUCCGGAUUGCUGGAUGACAUUGAAACCACAGCAAUGCCAAAGGUCGUCGAUAUCGCUCUGCCACGGUUCAAGAUUCGAUCCAAUCUGGACGCCAAACAAGUCAUCGAACGAAUGGGCUAUGGCGUACUGUUCGCUGAAAACGAGUUCAACGUCUUUGAAGGGCGCAAGUCUAGUCUGAGUGAUCUCCGCCAAAGUACUUUCCUCACCGUGGAUGAAGAAGGCACGGAAGCUGCUGCGGUUUCAUCCGCUACGACGAAAUUCCGCUCCAAGAACAUCCAAUUCAAUGUGAAUCAACCGUUCGUAUUUAUCAUCAAGAAAAUCUCAACCGAUACGACUGUUUUCAUCGGGCACUACUCUAUCUAUCAGUAAAUUAUUUAGCUCUAAUUGAACGCAAUAAAUGCCUAGUUCUUAAGUGUAACAGA